UAUAUAUGUAUGUAUAGUAAGUAUAUAUAUAUAUAUAUAUAUAUAUAUAUAUAAAUAUAUUAUGCGAUGUAUACGUGUCACCAAUUGCAUGGUGUCCAACAGUUUUUUUUUCGCGACUUGCAACACGGUUGACCUGGCGAUGCUUUCGUAGUCACGUAGUGGUGUAUAUAGUCCAAAACUGCAUUGCAGAUCAAUUGUGCAUGAGUCAGUUUUUCUGUCAAAGCAAUAGGUAUCCUUGCUAGGAGAAUCAUUUUUGCGGCUGCAAAUCUAAGGGGAACAUUUUCUCAUUGAUCAGUCUAUGACGCAAUUUUAAUAGAAUCUGAGUUUGUAUUUGCUUUCGCUCCCUUGCACAGGUUUUAAGAAAUAGCUAAUCGAUUAGCUUCCGCAUUUUACGACUUAUCGCUAUACUGAAUUUUCUGCGCACAACUGUGCGUUUUGCUCUAUUUAUGCGCCACGUCGAUCAUGUGCACGCGUUUCUUUGAAAGUAGUAUAUACGUUGAGAUGGUCAAACACACACUUACCUUAUACUAAUAUAUUCUAGCAUGCGACUACUUUAUAAUUAGCUUUCGAAAAUGGACGAACGAAUAUACAGGGAUGCACGUGGGUUCGCCUAUGUAUUCCACCCAAGGCUAGGUCUACUUGUACUGCGGGCUUUCAAAAAACGGAAGGGAACUCACUUUCAAAUACCUGGUGGCAAUGUGGACCGCAGGGACUGGGGACCACAAGGCACAAAAACGCUGACGGAAGCGGUGGUGACGGGGGUUACGCGGGAGCUAUUUGAAGAAACUGGUCUGGAGUUUAGAAAUACACCUGAGAGGGUCAAUAUAGUACGAUUAAGUGAUGGAUCGUUAUUAGCUAUGAAGGAUAGAUAUUAUGUCGUGAUCGUGAUCAACGACGAGGAUACAGUAAAGCCACCAACGGGACCUCUAAGCAAACCUCUCACAGAGGCAGGCGAAGAUUCAUUCAGAAUUAAGCUGUCGAAGGAACACACCGGAUUCUAUUUUGAGCCUGAUCUGGAGAAGGCUGCCGAACAGAUAAGUCUUCACUCCGGCGGAAAGAACAGUAUUGCUUUACGGCAAUUAGUCAAGGCUGGUGUAUUCAAAACAGGAACUAUAAAUUGAGAAUUUACGUGGGAAUAGUAUUCUAUCGAGGAACAGAAGCGCCAAGUAUUCAAACUGGAACCAUAAUUGAAAUUUAGAUGGAAAGAGUUUCCUCUCUCAAAAGCGUCGAGUGUUGGGGAAUAAAAGUCUAGUAGACAACAUACAUGAUAUGUGCAAUA